AUGUCUUUUUUUUUUUUUUUUCCUUUUGCCGCCAAAGUUGUCUUUGAGUGCAUUUACUCACUCACUAACGCCCAUAGAGGGGGCGGUUACACGUGUUAUCACGGAUUGUCCGGGUCCCACGGUCCUGGCCACUUUUCAAUGAAUUCCAUCCACGCGCUGCUCGAGCUUGGGGUGCAGCGAAGGAACGUGGAACGCGAGUUGAGGAAUGCGAAGAGGGAAAACGGCGAGGCAAAGAAGCAGCGGGCGAUGGGUAUUGUGAGCGCCAUUGAGACCAAGCAACAAAUACUACUCAGGUCGUUGGCACAGCGCUUCGUGUACCCCGCAUCGGAGUACCCGCCGACAACUGAACUAGCGGAGUUGUCGGAUGUAUUCACAAAUCUGCUGCGGGAUGUCGUGGAGCAAGGAAAAUUUUUUUUAUUGUACAAUUGUUCCUCAGACGCCUGCGAGGCCCGGCGAUGCACGUGCGCCAAGGAGGGUGCUGGCGAGGUUGGCGACUGCAGCAAAGGACGUCAGCGCGGUGAAGAGAAUUGUCGUCUGUGUUCCACCUCCGGCCGGGGUUUGUUGGACGUUCUUGGCAGAAUUUCGGCGAAGGUGCUGCACGAGAGCCACGCAGGGGCGAAUUCAUGCGUCGACAACAUUCCAUUAAUUGAGCAGUGGGAUGCGGAGCUGCAGGCCGCACUGCACCAUGUGGGGGACGUCGUUAGCCAGGCUCAUACCGAGAUGCUGGUCGUGCUUGACGCUCUGAGCGAUGGCCGGUUUCCGUACCUGACAAGCGGCAGCUCCACGAAGGAGGGCCCGCCGCUGUGGACGGAGAUUGUCCGUCUGUUUGAGGACGCAUUUGAAUCUGUUUUGACGGAUGUAGUACGGCUGCUGCUGUGGUGCAUUCACCAGCAUCUCUUAGGCCGUGGUGGGCUGGCAGCUCGCCCACUGUUUGCGGUCAAGUCUCACUGGUCGUACUCCGCUUCCAGUGUCGUUACGUGCCCGUUGCCGUCGGAGUUGCACGAGCGCCUCAUGCGAAGAUGGAAGAAAGAGCUGAUAUGGAUAGUGGUGCCUGAGUUUCGCCUGAGUCAAAUGACGAAGCGGUCGGUGCCGAUGUUAGGACGCGUCAAGCGACCGAUGCUGCGGACCAUGUUUAUGGAGGAUUCAGCGAAUAAUCGUCUGUGGGAGGCGUUGCACUACGCCACAAGCCAGCGUUGUGACGAAUUGCAAGAAACCGUGAGGGGUUUAACCAACACGUAUUCCUUUUACUUUUCUCACGAGGAGGAGUACUACCCCCAGUUGGGUGCUCAGCGUCUGCGAGAGUUGGUGAAUACAGUGCGGAGUUAUGGCAUGAAUGGCGUGAAGCACGCUGGCGCUGGAGCAUUUGUUGUGCAAACGGAGGUGCUGCAGCAGGUGGCGCUCAGCAAAUUAGAGCCUGCAUUGAAAUCUGCACUGGUGACUACAGUGCCAGCGACGAUGCGUGGCGAUGAGGGGAUAACGGUGUUCCGCUGGAAGGCACUGAUGGACGUAAAAGAUGACGCGUCGCCUGCGGGUUCGCUGAGCAAUCGACUUAACGCCUUUCGUGCGGGGCGGAAGGUACCCAACAAGUACGACAAGGGCCUUGAGCCGUUAGCGCACACGCAACGAUUUUUGGAGGAGCAGCGGGCGGAGGUGAAACGCAUGCGUCAAGGAAGGGGCACGGCAUUGGAGGAGGGAGGCAAAACGCAGGCAGAGACAAAGCAGAGCAAUGGGAACGGCUCUACCGAGGAUAACAAGAGGAGUGCUGCGGUGGCUGCGUCUACAGCUGUUUCUAGGCGGUAUAUAAACAGGUUUGCUUCUUCAUCGAUUUCACCUCCCAUACUCAACAAAUUGGGUAAACAGCCAUUGGCCGCUAACGCCAUGGCCAUAGGGAAGAAAAUGGGCUAUGAGACGACCCCGCCGGUGCGGGUACUUCCAGGUUCCGCCUCAACGACGACACAGAGCACACAUGAAGAGAAAACGCCAACUGGCUCCACAAGCCAUGUAUCCCCCUUGCAUCCACAGAGCGGCAGUGGUAGGAAAGGGGGAUGGAACUUCCCAUCAAGGCACAGUUCUGAGGUACGCCUACCGACUUUGAGGAAUUACACGCCUAGCUCUAGUCAGCAGUUCAUCAGGACUAGGCCGGCAUCCAGAGAAGCCAUUGCACAGAAUGGACGUGAGGAGCAGUCAGCGCCCGUCAUGAGCUGCGUUGACAUUUCCAAGCAGAGUGGUGAGGAACAGAAGAGGCCGGCGUCUAAAGAAGCCAUUGCAGAGAAUGGGCGUCGGGAGCAGCCGACGCCCGUCGUGACCAGCGCUUCCAGCGGCGUUGAGAGGGAUGUCGCAGACGACCCGGUGGCCGCAGAGCCUGACCCACUUACCGCGACUUCUACCCUUAACUCGCCCCCGAAAACAGCUGUCGUAAAUGCCGCUGCUGCAGAGUCGGCAAAAAGACGAAUUUCGAGUCUAAAGAAGGUGUGCCCGUUUCUCCCAGAAGUGCCUUUUUCAGGAAUUUUCCUUGAGGAUCUGAACCUUACUGACCCACGCGUGGAGGCUGCCAUGAACCGUAUGCGAGCCGUGCGUGGCAACGCCUCAGUGACGCGGGACUAUCGCUCGAUUGCAAUGGCGGAAGACUCCCUCUGUGCCGUGGUCGAGUCCAUUGCCGAAGAGAUGUUUAAUGCAACGUCGCGAAUGCUGUCACGCUACCCAUUUCUUGAAAGCCGCGUGAGAGGGGUGCUACUUGGGAAUAUUCCCGAGCUGGAAACGGACGAGGACAUUCAAUCGCUGCUCAUGAUACGCCGCGACGCAGAGAGGGCGCGGAGGUCAACGGCGAGCAUUGACAAGUGCCUGCGGGAACGUGCCGAGGCGUUGAUAAACGACAUUCCGUACGUUGUGGAACCUGAGCGCUACAGUGCACACCCAUUUUUGCUCGCGGCGCCUUCUGCUUCCUCCGCCACUUCUCACCGCUCACGCGAUGAGAAGGCGAAUAGCGAUGGGGAUGACAGCAGAGCGACGCAAAGGGUGGGAUUACAAGUGCCAACACCACUGGGGUCGGACGCCACGAGUGAAGUGGACAAAACGCCACAGGCAGAAACGGUUUUAAGCGAUGGGGAGCCGCACCGCGCCAUGGACGGCAGGGAGGAGCAGCCACGGCAGUCAAAUGGGCAGGAGCAACCGAUGGGGGCGGUGUUAAAGCCGGUGACAACGGGUGGAUCCACGUCGAAACCCCUUGCAGCAGACCCCGGGCAGAAAGUUGUUGAAAACAACGGCGCAUUGUCUUCUGAAAGGCCCUGUGAGAGUCAUUUACCGCAAAGUUCAUCGUUUGCCAGGGCACGGAUGGGAGGUGGCGCUCCGGCAUGCUCUCAGACCGUUGUUCAAGCAACGGAGGAGAAACAAAACUUCUCGAUACCACGAGUCCCUGUCGCGGACACUCCUUUGCCGGCGGGAAGAACAGGCAGGGCGAGUGAACAAGUUCAGUUAUUGUCAUCCAAACCACCUGUUGGGCCGGUUGUAAAUGCGUCACGGGAAAAUUCAGUGCCGCCUUUCUACAGGCAGGGGGGAAAGCCUUUUUCUAUGCCUCUAGAAGAGAAACAGGGAGCGAAUGAGGUCGUGCAGAGAGCACCUCACGGAAUUCCCACAUCCAACAACAUACAGUCGUUGACUGAUUUCCCCAUUGAAAAUCAGAAAAUGACUCCCUGCGGCCCAACAUUUGGUACCGUGAAGCGCUUCCUGGAGUCUGAGCGUCAGGAGCUGGAGAGGCUGGAGUCUAUUCUUGGAGGGGUCCGCCGCGCUGGCAUGGGUUUGAAGGAGGGCAAAGGACUGCCGACAGUGGACGCCGCAAAGCAAAUGCCCUCCGAGGAAGUGGGAAAGCGGAAUUCAGCGGAAGAUAUGCAGCAGGCCGCGGGGAAAUCGCAGACGGGGCUGCCGAAAAAAACCUCCUCGUCGUUUUCAACAACACCGAACGUAUCGGCUGAUGGAAACGGGUCGGUGGGCCUCUCAACGCCGCAACCCGCCGCAAGGCGGGAGUGCGCCCAGUUGGGUUUGUUAUUUGAGCAGCUUCCGUACAUGCGGAGGAGCAACGAAGGAAAUGAGUUAUUGCGUAAACUUAUUGAAGAGCGACGGCGAGUGUCCGAGGCGCAUUACACGCGCGAACGGGAUUUGGCGGCUUUGCAGUCGCGUCAAUUGAAACGAAGUUCGCAAAGCCCACUACCAAUGCACCCCAAUCUCCUUGCAGAAGUUGCUGCGAGAUCCUCGUUGGGGGCAGCCGUGCCAAAUGGCGCCGACGGUGGGCAGGCACGAUUAUUGCCAUCUCUUUCACAAGGGCCGUCUCAUGACAGCUGUGCCACACAACAACAACAACAAGAACAACAGCAGCAUUCGUAUGGCAAUCAGCGGUCGACGUGGGGACGAUACACCAUUGAGCGAAACCCUCCGACAAGCGUGACGGUGCAAAGGCGUCUUUCAAGCGCCCCGGGGCUUUCGCAACAAAGUAACGAGGACCGCAUGCGUUUCCCCACGAUCAGCGUGGGUAUUUCAGCCGACCACAUAUCACAGGCGCCAGAUAAGACCGAAUACGAGAAGUCAUCUAAUAACCACAUAGGAAUGAGCCAUAGGUACAUGUUACUAUGCCGCCAAGCAGGGAUUAAGCCAAACAGUAUGUUGUUGCGAGCCCUCCCUGACACGCAAGGUGUGUCUGUGAGUCGUGUUGACACCUCUGGGAACUACAUCGGUCCCAAGGGCCUUAUGCCCCUUCUGCAGGUGUUACGCGACAACACUGGGUUGAAGUAUCUCAACCUAAGCCACAAUAACUUGGAGAAUGACGAGGUGAUUGAACUGGUUAGUUUCCUUAUGAAUCCUAGCGGCGCGUCGCUGCAGUCCCUAGAUCUUUCCGACAACCCCAUUUCCCUGGCAGGGGGUGCCGCAAUUCUGCGACUUGCUCAGGCGAGACCCUCUUUGCUCUCCGUUCGGUUGAGGGGGACUCUUGUCCCGCAGCCGGUGAUCCACAGCAUCGAGGAAGUUUGUGACUCCAAUCGUGCCAGCGCUUCUUAG